AUGGCUCCUUCUCUACUCAAGCUCACUACCAUUCUCUCAAUCUUUGUACUACUGAUCCUGCAUACUCAGAAAUCUCUAUCCACCGAUAUCGAAGACGAUGAAGAGUAUGUUCUGGACACUCCUCUACCCAAUCUCAGGUCAAGAAGCAGGUUCUUAGCCAGGGUAAUAAAAAAAGGUGCACAUUGCAAUCCCAGUACUUACAACAUAUGUAAUGGAGUCUCUGCGAACAAUGGCACAAGCUUGUUGCAGUGCUGCAAGACGCAUUGCAGGAAUGUUCUAGGAGAUGAAAACAACUGUGGCCACUGUGGUAACAAGUGCAGCUUUGGAAAGCUCUGCUGCCAAGGAAGUUGUGUUAGCGUUGCAAAUAAUAAUGAUCACUGUGGCAAGUGCAACAAAAUAUGUGCUCCAGGGACUUCAUGCAGCUAUGGAUCAUGUGGGUAUGCUUAAAAAAAUUAUGUAUUUAGUGCAUAAUACACACGCACACACACACACAUAUAGAUGGAUUUAUAAAGAAAGAAAUGAAUGAUAAUUUGUCAGAGAUUAUCAGUUGAUAUUUUCUGGCUUGGGCAGCAUUUUUUUAUAUAGGGGAGAGUUCAGAGUACUAGUUUAAGUGCAUGCUUUUGUACUUUAUUAACAAGCUUGAGUUUUUGUAUUUCUUCAGUCAGCAGUAUACAUGAACAAGUUUGUGUCACUAAUAAAGAAAAAGACGCCUGUUUCAAGGUGAUUCUUAAGUUAUGUUCGUUUGUAGAAAGUUAUCAUUCAAAAACAUAUUGAA